CGGAAUCAUUAGUGUACUGUUGAUCACGCGUAUACGUUUACGUCGUUCGUUUUUCGUCCACGUUAAUUCGCCUGUUCCGGUACCAUGUUUCGAAGGCAUGUGUUGAGCAGUUUUCGACAGCUUACAGGCUUGAAUGGCGUACUCCAUUCAGUAAAACGUGUCGGUCUGCGUUCAGUGGUCCCGCAGUUGGCCCGGUUUGCUUCGACCGAGUCUUUAAAAAAAGCAGGUACAAUUAAACAAGUCAUUGGUGCUGUUGUUGAUUGUCAGUUUGAUGAUGCUCAGGCGUUACCCACAAUUUUGAACGCAUUAGAGACUAAACUUCCUGAUGGAAGACGUUUAGUGCUUGAGGUUGCUCAACAUAUGGGUGAAAAUACUGUACGUACUAUUGCUAUGGAUGGUACAGAGGGUCUUGUCCGUGGCUCUAAAGUUAUCGAUACGGGUGCACCUAUUGCCGUGCCGGUCGGUCCAGGCACGUUAGGCCGUAUUAUGAAUGUUAUUGGUGAGCCUAUCGAUGAACGGGGUCCAAUUAAGGCUGCAAAGUAUUCCCCAAUCCACGCUGAAGCUCCGUCUUUUGAGGAACAAUCAACUUCUCCGGAGAUUCUUGAAACCGGUAUCAAGGUUGUGGACUUAUUGGCACCGUACGCUCGUGGUGGUAAAAUUGGUCUCUUCGGCGGUGCUGGUGUGGGCAAGACCGUGUUCAUUCAGGAAUUGAUUAACAAUAUCGCGAAAGCUCAUGGCGGUUACUCUGUUUUCACGGGUGUUGGUGAACGUACUCGUGAAGGUAAUGACCUGUACCGUGAAAUGCAAGAAACCGGUGUUAUCAAGCUUGAUGGAGAAUCCAAAGCUGCACUUGUGUUCGGACAAAUGAAUGAGCCUCCAGGAGCUCGUGCCCGUGUUGCUCUUACUGGAUUGACGGUUGCGGAAUACUUCCGUGAUGUCGAGGGACAGGAUGUUUUGUUGUUCAUCGAUAACAUUUUCCGUUUCACUCAAGCUGGUUCAGAGGUGUCUGCUUUGUUGGGUCGUAUUCCCUCUGCGGUAGGUUACCAACCAACUUUGGCUACUGACAUGGGUGCCAUGCAAGAGCGCAUUACGACAACCAAAAAGGGUUCCAUUACUUCCGUGCAAGCAGUCUAUGUUCCUGCUGAUGAUUUAACGGAUCCCGCACCUGCCACCACUUUUGCACACUUGGAUGCCACUACUGUGUUGUCUCGUAGCAUAUCUGAAAUGGGUAUUUAUCCGGCUGUUGAUCCCUUGGACUCAAAAUCACGAAUGAUGGAUCCCAGAAUCGUUGGUGAGGAACAUUACAACCUUGCAAGUAGUGUUCAGCGGAUGCUUCAGGAGUAUAAAUCUUUGCAAGACAUUAUCGCUAUUCUUGGUAUGGACGAGCUAUCUGAAGCGGACAAGUUGACUGUUGAACGGGCUCGUAAGGUUCAACGUUUCCUAUCACAGCCAUUUGCUGUCGCAGAAGUCUUCACUGGUUUGGAGGGUCGUUUUGUGCCUGUAAAAGAAACUAUUCGUUCUUUCAAAGAAAUUCUCGAGGGCAAGCAUGACGAUUUACCUGAAGCUGCCUUUUACAUGGUUGGAAGUAUCGAUGACGCAAGAAAGAAAGCAGAACAAAUUGCUAGUUCUGUAACCGAUUAGCUUGGAUGAAUGAUGGGCUGGAAGUCCUUUUUAUGAAUUAUUAUGUCCAUUUUCUUUUGAAAGGACAUUAUGUCUACGGUUUGGUUUAGAGAUCGGUAAUGUUUGCAGUGUACCUUGUUCAAUCGUAAAUAAACUUUACGUUUCAAACGUGUUGAUUCUGGAGUUAUUUGUAUAAUUGGUGAGAUAAUGUUUAGGUUAAACAUUCAGCUUCGGACAUUGUUAGCUUGUGAAUUGUCUUUGCUUCGUG